AUGGAGAAGGAGGGGGGCUUGACUUAUGAUAAGGUUGUGCUGAGAAGUUGUGACUUGGAUCUGCUUAGAGGCCCACAUUUCUUAAAUGACAGCCUUAUUGAAUUCUACUUCAGCUAUCUUUUUAAUUCCCAAUUACCAGAUGUGCAUGAUGAUGAUGAUGUUGAUACCCAAAUCCACUCGAAAUCCAAAGAUGACAUCCUUCUGGUUCCACCCACACUCUCAUAUUGGCUAGCAAAUUCCCUCGAUUCUCAGAGUUUGAAAGGGUUUGAGGAGUCUCAUAAGGUAGCCGAAAAGCAACUUGUUAUUUUCACGGUCAAUAAUAAUAAAAACGUGAGCCAAAUUGAUGGGGGAACACAUUGGAGCUUGCUGGUGUUUUACAGAAAAUCAAAUACAUUUGUGCAUUAUGACAGCUUGGGGGGAUUGAAUCAUUGCGAUGCCAGAAAACUUUAUGGAGCAGUUAAACAUGUGGGAGGAGGAAUUAAUAUUACCACCUCUUCUUCUAAUUCUAAAGCUACUGAUACUACUACUACUACUACUACUACUACUACACCAUCAUCUUCUUCUUCAACAAUUCGAUUUAGAGGUAAUCAUCACAAGAAAAAUAUGAAAAGGGCAAGGAAUAUCAGAAGGGUUGGGAUGAUGUGCAGGGCGCCGCAUUGGUUUCUCUACAACUUGAUGGUCAAGGGGGUUGGUGAUCAUGAUCGCGAUGAUGAUGAUGAUGAUGAUGAUGAUGAUGAAGAUGAAAGGAAAGCAGCAGCCCCUUGGGUGCCUCAAUAUCAUCAUGGUUACUUGAAUACUCCACGUACUAGUACUAGUAGUUACUAUGUUGAUGAUAACAAUGAGCCUUGUUUUAGAGAAUUACCGACACCGCGGCAGACAAAUCUUUAUGAUUGUGGUUUAUAUGUGAUGGCCAUUGCUAGAGUCAUAUGUCAAUGGUACUGCGCGGCGGCCUCUAGUGCUACUACUACCCAUGUGGAUGACGAAGACGAUGAUGCUCGGUUUCCGAACAUCAUGAAGCAUGUUGAUAAUUAUUUGGAAUCGACAAUGCGUUCUGAGUUGUUGGUCCUCGUUGAACAACUCAAAUCUCAUUCUACUGGCCUUGAUGAUCAGCCGCAGCCCCAACAAACUAGUAUUCUAUUAUGUGAUGAUGCACAAGCACUUGAUGAUGAGAAACUAAUAUGA